GGGAUUUCUCUCUUUUCGUCUGCAUCUCGGCGUAGCGGCUCUACGGCUUUAAACCGAAACGUUGUUCAAGAGGAAUAAUAAAGACCUCGAAGCGGAUUGCUCUGCGUCUCAGUCUCCGUUCCAUUCCGAAAGAAACACGUACACAGCCCUCAAUUAUUUCGUGGCAGUGCUCCUUGCUUUUUCUUUUCGUCUGCAUCUUAGUCUUCGUACUUGCCAGCGUUGUGGCAGACCUUAGUCAUCAUGGGCUUACCAGGAUGGAUGCGGCGGUGCGAGAUUUACGCCGUCUGCAUGGUGUGGCCUAUCGCUACCGUGUUCGGCCUCGUUGCUACCUACCGCGUUUUCAUCUGGAGCUACGGCGGCCGCGAGUGCUUCCGUUACGUGGCCAUUCAAGAGCCCUUCAAGGAGGAGUGGUACCAGGCAAACCCGAAGUCGGCGCUCGGUAUGGACACGCCCCUCUCGCACGUGCCCAGGUACCUUGAGACGCCGGGCUACGCCGUGGAGGGCUCCGCCGAGGACCACCCGCACCAUCGCAACUUUUGA